UGCAAAGGAAUUAAAACCACAAGGGUGUUUACAUAUAUGCAUGCCAUGGCUGCAGCCUCUAUUUAUUCUUUCUUGUUCAUCAUCAGUUUCGCCGUAGUGUCGGUGGAAUUUGCGGUGGCGAAGGGCGCGCGGCGGGCGUUCUUUGUGUUCGGAGAUUCACUGUCCGACAAUGGAAACAACAACUUUUUAGCAACCACCGCACGCGCCGAUUCUCCGCCGUAUGGAAUUGACCACCCCACCCACCGCCCUACAGGCCGCUUCUCCAACGGCCUUACCAUCCCCGAUAUUAUCAGUGAGAAGCUAGGGACGGAACCGAUAUUACCAUACUUGAGCCCGGAGCUUGACGGAGAAAAGCUUGUGAUGGGAGCUAACUUUGCGUCCGCUGGAGUCGGCGUAUUAGAUGACACCGGAAUCCAAUUUGUAAAUAUAAUAAGGAUCCACCAACAACUGGAAUAUUUUGCAGAUUACCAACAGAGGUUAGGAGCAUUGGUUGGGGCCAAGAAUGCAACAAAACUUGUUAAUGGAGCCCUUGUCCUAAUCACCUUAGGUGGAAAUGAUUUUGUCAACAAUUACUUUUUGGUCCCUUUUUCUGCAAGAUCUCGCCAAUAUACCCUUCCCGAUUAUGUCUCCCUUGUCAUCUCUGAGUACAAAAAGGUCCUUAAGAGACUAUACGAUUUGGGAGGUAGAACAGUGAUGGUCACGGGGACUGGACCGCUAGGUUGUGUGCCGGCUGAAAUGGCUCAACACAGCUUAAAUGGUGAUUGUGCUUCGGAGCUUCAACAAGCUGCGUCCUUAUUCAACCCUCAGCUCGCCCAAAUGAUUGAAGGUCUCAACAAUGAUAUAGGCUACGAUGUUUUCAUCGCAGUCAAUGCACACCAGAUGCAUAUGGAUUUCAUUACUAGCCCUCAAACUUUUGGAUUUGUGACUGCACAAGUGGCAUGUUGCGGACAAGGACCAUAUAAUGGAUUGGGAUUUUGCACGCCACUGUCUAACUUGUGUUCCAAUAGAGAAGAGUAUGCAUUUUGGGAUGCGUUUCAUCCAUCAGAGAAGGCUAAUAGAAUAAUUGUUGAUCAGAUGAUGGCUGGAACCAAAGAUUAUAUGCACCCUAUGAAUCUCACCACUAUACUAUCUAUAUGAUUUAACAAAUCCUUGGUGUAUUGGGUAAACUAUGUAUCCCUCAAUUAGGGUUUUUCAUCAUUUCAUCUACCAUAAUGAGGUGUGAAUCAAAUUUUUUGGUUACGCGUAAUGUAUGGAGUUGUUGUCCUCUUUGAUGUAUCUGGCAAAUUCAUUGAGAAUCAAUCAAAACUAAUGUAGUGAAAUGGUCAAAUAGAC